GAGUUCAGGAAGAGGAUAGUUCAAACAUGUGAGGACCUGCUACCGUAGGUGUACCUGGUACGUAACAGUACGUGCGUUAUGCUGUUGCAGAAGAAGCAAGAACUGGAAAUUGAUGAGUGGCAGAAUCCGAUAACAUACAGUACUCGUAGUCACAGCUCGACGACAAACCAAAACGUGAAGCAAGAAAUCAUCCGAGAGAGAAAGGAUUUUACGCAGGAUUAAGCAUCGCAGAGCUGCUUUGAUGAUGAUAUGUGUCCCAACGGCUCGAUUGCUCUUCUUUUGCGCAUUUUGCUUUGACAGAGCCGUUUCGUUCACGCCAAAAGCCAUUUGGGCGCACCAAACACGGAAGCCCUGUCAGCAGUUUGCCUACAGAGACAGUAACGAAGAAGRCAGCUUUGAAUCGCUCGUGGAAGAAGCUACGUUUGGUGCAACGGGGCUGUAUGGUGGGGAUUUUGCAGGACUCGCAGCUACGUUUAAUCCUGGUGACGGCUCCUUCAUUCCGAUCCCCGACUAUCUCAUCCCGGAAGACCUCAAGGAGUGGGGCCAGGAGCCAAAAUGUCUUCAGGUGCUGGUCAGCGAAGACGUCCACGACGACGGCAGCGGGGAGAGCUGUUUGAUGUCCAGAGUCACCACCAAGAUUCUUCCUGAAACCGGGUGCGGUGUAGACAAUAUGGAGACCAUGAUUGCAUCCGACGAAAUCGAUUUGGAGUCGCAAUGGAAGAGUGACGACGACAACGAUGGCCUGGAAGACGUUGUCGGCUUGCAAUAUCCUCUGGGGGAAGAAAAAUUACGCGUGGAAACCAUAUUUGGUCUGGAAGAAGAGUACGGUGUGGAUCGAAUACGGGUGGCUAUUGAUUUGAUCCCGUCCGAAGAGAACUUUGCAAUCGUGAGUCCGAUGGUGCUGACGCUGGAGCGACGAACCAGUUCGAUCAGCAGUGGUGGAACGAUCGCCGAAGGGGGUGGUCUGGACGGCCGCACGGUCUACAUGCUUUUGGGAGAGCGAUUGCGGUCCGAAACGACGUUCGUCGACGAACCAUCGAUGAGCAACGAGAACUAUUAUGAUACAGGGAACGACAUUCGGUACGUAGGCCUCCCGGCGAACAUCAGCAUCGCAUUUGGCUGGUUGAACGAAGGUCGAGACACGUGGAUGUUGCAGGUGAGUCACAUCACUUCAAAUGGGUCUCGGCGCGUUGUUUCUCGACAGUUCACGGUUGCAAGCAACAACGAACUGGACUUCGAGAUACGAUCAUGGGUCGAGGACCUUUAAUAGAAACAACUAGAUAUGCUGUGUUUGGCAGUGCACUAUUGUAAUUAAAAAAUACAUUUUGUUCUGUUACACAUCGGCCAAUUCCUUUGAUUACACACACAAGAAAAACUAUUGUAUGGAAGGGCUGUUUUGUGGUGCCCCCAACAAUGAACUGCCACAAAACGAAACAUCUUGCCGCGAAGUCUUCUCGGAUAACUUUCAGAUGCCGUAAUUUCUUCGAAAUUCAGCGAGAGCGUCAGACCCUUCCGGAAGCAACGGAAAUGAAAAAUUGUUAUAGAGAAAGGCCUCACGCCACUGGAGCUCUGUUGUGACAUUGAAGUUGUCGUCCCAUACGAGCGCGUCGUCGCCGGUCGGUUCUUCCUCCGAUCCCUCUUCGUCAUCGGAAGAAUCGUCCUCUAUUUCCACAUGGAAAUGGACUUCUCGCCCCGGCACUAGAUUUAGAGACCGUCGCAACCGCCGCUGGCGGCGUCGACGGCGUCGCAGCACACGGCCAUUCGUGUCGUUGCGUGGACGAGGGGGAAGCUUGAACGAAGCAUACACCCCCCAGCAAGAUUCCAUGACGAAACCCCAGUUGUUUGUGGGGCUGCGUCGACAAACAUAAGUAGGGACCUCGCGGCCCCUCACCGAAAAACGAAUAUAGGAUCCAAUAGGGCGGUCAGGGAAAUCCAGGGGCUGAGUAACAAAUCGCCAGGUCAUCGGAACUGCAGGGUCUUGGAGGUCGGUAUCGUUCACGCCGUCUUCUGGCCCCAGUGGAUUGCGUCUUGGGUCAAUCCGUGAAGGGCUCCGUGUGGUAGAAGCAUCAUCGAUUUCCAUGUUUUCCGAUUGACCUACCUCCAAGAUAUCAUCUGCAUAUCCACCAGAUAUAUCUGCGUGCCCCUCUUCAAUCAUAUUUUGCUCUUUGUCUUCCCUUUUGUUUGUUCGAGGGGCGUAAAUUUUCACUCUGCCGUCGUCUAGAAAUACCAUCUUCCGGCAGGGUUGGUGAUUGUACCAUGGGUCGAAAGCAGUCCAGUCGGAACCCGCUGCUUCCUUGAAUCGAAAUGACCAUACAGUACCUUUGCCCGUUGCUGGGUUGAAAAUAAGUUCCUCGCGUGUCAAAUGGUCCCGAUUGUUCCCGUCAAGGAGUGAUUUUCGAUAGGCAGACAUGGCACUCGCAUUUGUGAUGUUGUUUCCUCCAUGGCUACACCCACAAGAUGAGGAAGAACGUCGAAGUUCUUCUUGAGCUUCUACACAGACGUGAAUCUUGUUCUUCCAAAGAUUCCGGCACAAAUCAACCCAACCAGCGGAAUUCUUCGACGCCGACUCUCUGAAUUUUCGAUUUAUUUUCCGCAUUUCACAGAGCGAUUUGGCAUCCAAAAAAGACAUAACUUUGCAAAGAACAUCCUCCGGAAGGCGACAUAACGGAAAGUCGUUUUCAUCACAAGACUUUCUUUUGGACGUGCAAGGGGUACUGAUAAUCAUUGUUGCUAUCAUCUUCAAUGCUUUGGUUCCAAGAACAUUUUCUCGAUCAGUUAGUGUUCGUUCGUUCGUUCUGCCUUGACGGGUAGGGUACUGUAUGGUACAGUACUUUGAUUGUCAAUUUGUACUUCACGUAGUUUUGUUGAGUUUGUAUCAUCAUACCGUACCAAAAAUACAGUGCGAUACAAUAAGUAGUGCGAACUCAAUUGAGAUUAUUUGUGAUGGUACGAUACGUACCGUACGGUACCUGUACCAAUACUACUGUCGUGUUGAAAUAUCAAAAUAUCACACACUCACCACAAACCGUACCUAUGGUAGUACGGUACGGUACUCAUGUUGUAACGGAUCAGUACGUACGUACCUGGCACCUGGUAUAUUCAUACGGACCAGAUGAGUAAAGAACGAACCGUAUG